AUGCCAGAAAUCGACAAAAAAGUUGAUUCUUUGGCGUCUUUCAGAUGGAAAUGUUUUCUCGACUGUUACAAAGGCUACCAUCAGGUCUUAAUGAAAGAGGAAGAUGAAGACAAAACAGCCUUCCGAAUUGAUAAAGGUAUCUUCUGUUAUACAAAAAUGCCCUUCGGGUUGCGCAAUGUCGGGACUACUUAUCAGAGAUUGAUGGAUACGGUUUUCGUAGAAGACAUCGAGAAAACAGUUGAAGUAUACAUGGAUGACCUCGUCAUCAUGAGUCAUGAAGAAGAAACUAUGCUCGAAAACAUCCAGCGAAUGUUCAAUUCUUUACGCAGCGUCAACUUAAAGCUUAACUCAACAAAAUGUUCUUUUGGGAUGGAAGAAGAAAAUUUUUUGGGCUUCAUAGUAACAAGGGACGGCUUUAAAGUUAACCCGGAAAAGGUGCAAGCCAUCCAGUUAAUGCCAUCACCUUCAACGAUAAAAGAGAUGCAACGACUCGCGGGAAGAUUAGCAGCCUUGAACAGAUUCUUGGCAAAUCAUGCUACGAAGUCAUAUCCGUUCAUUAGUACGCUGCAAAACUGCGCUAAGAAAACUCACUUCCAGUGGACGCCAGAAGCGGAAACAGCCUUCAAACAAAUGAAGGAAUGUUUAAUUCAGCUACCAACACUAACAGCGCCACGAGAAAAAGAACCGCUGAUUAUGUACUUAUCCGCAGCAGAGGUAGCAGUCGGCGCAAUAUUAAUGGUAGAAAGAGAAAACGUCCAGACCCCAAUCUACUACAUCAGCAAGAUGCUCACUGGCCCAGAAACGCGCUACUCAAUGAUAGAAAAACUAGUCCUCGCACUAGUACAUGCAUCUCGACGACUUCGCCGGUACUUCUCAGGUCAUGUUAUUAUAGUUCUUACUAACUACCACUUGGGGCAGAUUUUAUCAAAGCCCGAUGUCGCGAGAAGACUGGCUAAGUGGGCCAUAGAACUGGGAGGAUACAAUAUCCUGUAUAGACCACGACCAGCAAUCAAAGGGCAAGUUUUAGCGGACUUCAACACAGAAGUUCCCAUGGAUAAAGUGCAAGAAUGUGAAGCGAUCCAGAACCCUGUUCCCAUUUUUGACGACAGAGUCUGGUCCCUGCACACAGACGGGGCAUCUAAUGAUGAUGGAGCAGGCGCAGGCCUCCUAUUGGUCAGCCCAGACGAUCAUGAGCUUACAUAUGCGAUACGCUUAGAUUUCCGAAGCACAAACAACGAGGCAGAAUAUGAAGCGUUUCUAGCAGGCCCCCGUUUAGCGCUUAAAAUGGGAGCGAAAAAUCUUGAAGCUAACGUUGAUUCAAAACUGGUGGCCGAGCAAGUUAAUGGGCACUACGAUGCGAAGGGAGAGGCUAUGGCGUUAUAUCUGGAACAAGCGCGGAUGUUAAUCAGCCAAUUCCAAACGUUCAAAAUAAAUCAUAUAAACAGAAGCAAAAACAAGCACGCGGAUGCACUAAGCAAAUUGGCAGCCACCAGUUUCAGACAUCUAGCAAAAGAGGUGCGCAUCGAGGUAUUGUCCAAUCCUUCUGUUCCUCUCAAGCAAGUAAACAUCGUAGAGAUUGGCAAUCUAUCCUGGAUGUCCCCGAUCAUCAUGUACCUACAGCACGACAAACUUCCGGAAGAAAAGGCAGAAGCCAGGAAAAUCCAGAACAAGGCAAUAAACUAUGAGAUGGCGAACGGAAUCCUGUACCGAAAAUCGUUCAUGGGACCACUCCUGCGUUGUGUUGACAAAACAGACGCGCAAUACUUGGUCAGGGAAAUCCAUGAAGGCUUAUGCGGAAUACACGCGGGUCCGCGCAUGGUAGUAGCUAAGAUCAUGAGCGCCGGUUACUAUUGGCCAGGGAUGCAUGUGGAUGCGGUAGAAUUGCUACGAAAAUGCGCAGCCUGUCAACGUCAUGCACCAAAAACCCCCCGUCCGAAAAAACCACUUGUUCCAAUUACAUCUGCCUGGCCCUUCCAGCAAUGGGGCAUCGAUCUUGUUGGACCAUUCCCUGACGCGCCUGGCGCAGUAAAAUUCAUUAUCGUAGCGAUUCGGAUUACCAUUGCGCAUCAUUUCCGACAACGGCACCAACUUCGCCUCAGAAGAUCUCUCCAGAAAUGGUUCAAGGAAAUGAAGAUUGAACACAACUUUGCCUCUGUGGCGCAUCCACAAGCAAAUGGGCAAGUUGAAAGUGUCAACAAACAAAUAGUUAACGGCAUAAAGGCAAGACUCGGGACGGCGCGCAGAGGUUGGGUCGACGAGCUCCCCAGCAUAUUAUGGGCUCAUCGCACUAUGCCAAAGACAAGUACGGGAGAAACUCCAUUCAGUCUUGUGUACGGAUCAGAAGUGGUUAUCCCAGCCGAAAUUGGCCUUCCAUCACCGCGCAUGCUCGCCAUGGAGAAGCAAAACAAUGAGGAAGAGAGAAGAAUGGAUUUAGACCUUCUUGAAGAAAGGCGCGAAAACGCCUCCAUCACAGAAGCAAUAUACAAAUCCAAACAGGAAAAGUACUACAACGCGCGAGUACGCGUGUGUACUUUCGUUACAGGAGACUUCGUUUUACGCGACAAUGAAGCCUCCAAUGCGGAAAAACUGGGCAAGCUUGCGCCAAAAUGGGAGGGGCUAUACGUCAUCAACGAGGUCCUAGGAAAAGGGGCAUACACCCUAAAAAGAAUCGACGGCACAUCAGUCCCUCGCACCUGGAACGCGCAGCAAUUGCGAAGGUGUUAUAUAUAG